AUGAUAGCCCUCUACUCGGAUCUAUCUGACCUCAUACAAGAGGACAUCCAGCCCCCUGCUUCGAAUCCCAAUCUCAUGUCGCUGUCUACGACUCAGUGCCUCCCUUUUCUCGUCAUCACAUCGUCCAUAAUCAUCUGGAGUUGGACGAGGAAGAUGCGCCCCUCUCUUCCGCCUGGUCCGCCCCGUCUGCCGCUUAUCGGGAACUUGCUCGAUAUACCGGCAAAGGAGCCGUGGCUGGCCUUCUCUGCCAUGGGGGACAAGUACGGUACUUUCUUCCUUUCUCUCCUCUCUAUGGGUCCCCUAUCUCACGCAGCCGCAGGCGAAAUCACCUCCCUAGCAAUGCCGGGCCGCACAACCAUCCUGUUGCACACACUGGAGGCUGCUACGUCUGUGCUCGUCCAGUCUUCUGCUCUAACAUCCGAACGCCCCGUCCUUCCCAUGGCCGGAGGGCUCUGUGGAUUCGAAACGAGUCUGCCGCUUGCCCAGCCCUCUGGCGAUCUUGAUCAAGUCAGGCGCGAGCGCAAGCUGUAUCACGCGUUUCAAGGCACGCCUACUGCCAUAUCAAGGCUGAUCCCCGGGCUGGUGGAGGAGGUCGGUGCCUUCCUCAGAGCGGUGGAUGGCCGGCAGGGGGUCCUCUCGGACGAUAUUCGCAGAACCACUAUGGCUAUAGGUCUACGUCUGGGAUUUGGGCACAAGGUGAACCACAGUCGUCCAACGGACCUCUCCGACACUCUAUUCGACAUGGCAGAGCAGAGCUCAAAUAACUUCUUUCGCAUUACCACACCAGGUGCCUCGUUUGUCGAUCUGUUCCCUUUCCUUCGUUACUGGCCAUCCUGGCUGCCUGGCGGUGGUUUUCAUCAUGCUGCAAAGCGGAUCAAUGCAGUAUUACAGCAGACAAGAUACGAAGGUCUAGCUGCUGUCAGAGAGCGCAUGGCAACCGGUGUUUCUGAGCCCUGCUUUGCUACGGCUGUGCUCGAAACUGAUGCAGAUGAGUACUGGGCUAGAGUAGUCCCUUUGACGCUCGUUCACGGGGCGAGUGACACGACGGCUUCCCAACUUUCAGCAUUUUUCCUUGCGAUGGCUCUCCACCCUGACAUCCAACGCAAUGCUCAGCAGGAAAUCGAUCGCGUCAUUGGCAGGGACAGGCUCCCGACCGUCAAGGACAGACCCGAAUUGCCGCAUGUGGACGCACUGUCCCGUGAAGUGCUGCGCUGGUUCGUCACAACGCCCACGGCACUGCCGCAUCGUGCAAAUGAAUCGUUCAUCUACGAAUCGAGCUCGGGACCUGUGCUCAUCCCGAAGGACUCGAUGAUCAUCGCGAACGUCUGGAAAAUGAAUCGCGAUCCUCGCCGAUACAGGAACCCGGAGCAAUUCGAUCCUUCUCGUUUUCUCGGCACCGAGGGCAGAGCACCGGAGGAAGAUCCGGGCAAGACGGUCUUUGGAUUCGGACGACGCGCCUGCCCCGGUGAAACGACGCUCUUCCUGCUCUACAGCGCUCUCCUGUCGGUCUUUGACAUCGGCAAGGCACUCGACGAACGGGGAGAGGAAAUCGAUAUCGCCGUCGGAUGGUCUAGUAUGACAGUGACGCAUCCGCUUCCUUUCCAAUGCGCCGUCCGUACGAGAGAUGAGGCUGCACGCAAACUGAUCCGUGGGCUGUGAUCUUGACGAAUGUGAACGCUGAAAGUCGUCGGACUAUGUCGUAGCGGUCAGUGCCAGGUAUAUUGUCCAUCGUAAAGUGAUACAUACCUGCGAGCGCGUGAUCUAUGUGUCUACGUUAUCGGAUCCAAGUUGUUCCCUCAAACAGGUCUAGCGUGCGAUAUACGAUGCAUUGGAUGUCCUGAGACCUCUCAGUGCAGUCGCUUUGUAGCUAAAUUCCUCGAAGUCGGUGACCUUUCAUGCAAGGAUGCUGUUUAAUAUUUUGGAAUCGGUCCGUAUGCCCCCGGGCAACUGCUUGAUACGACUUGGAACACGAGGAACGUGUUUGAGGGACCAGAGGCUUUGCGAUUUCGGCAUUUACUUGGUCCGGGAUAUCUGAUUGAAGGUGCUGGAGUUGGUGAUUGCCUCGGAGACGGUUUUCUUGCGUGGUUGUAUGAGAUACAGAGCGUACAUUGAGAAUCAUCCGUCUUUUUGGGAGAGCCCUGUCGCGACAAAAACUGAAUGGGCUUGGAUAAG